CAACACUUUAAAGUAGGAUGUAUGGUGCAACACUAGUACCUUCAAUGUCAAUUGUCAAAUUCGAAAAUUAAAAUAAUCUGUGGCCGCCUGUGUUGUGUUUGUUCAACAAAUGUAAAAAAUAAAAAUUGUAAAAAAUGUUCCGUUUUGCUGUAUCUGCCAUCCGGAAUAUAAAACCGAUUCAGUUCCAGCAACUAAGUACCAGGAUUAUAAAUCAACCAAAAAGUUUCUCCACUCUAAGUACAAGAAUCAGUGCGAUUGCUUACAAUGGUUGCUGGAGCAACUCCAAUUUAUCAUUGACGACCAAUAAGCAAGUGUUAGAUGUAUGUAACAAUUUAAUAAUUCCAUCCAGAACAGUCACAAAAUUCAGUUUGAAGAGAGGCAAAAGGAAGACUGUUAAGGCCGCUGUGAAGCGCUUCUUUAGAUUGCAUUGGGGAGCGUGGAUAAGAACAAAAAUUGGUAGACACAAGAAAUUGUGGAAGAAGUCUCAACCACAAAAGAGGCGUUUGCGUCAACAUGUAUUUGUCAACGCCACCCAGAAUGUGUUAUUAGACAAAAUGGUUACCAAAUAUUGGAAGAGGCCAAAAUACUAUGUAGAUGAUCCAUAUGAGCCGUAUCACACCAGGGAAGAGUUCCAUAUCACAAGAAAGAAACCAAGAGAAACAUACUAAUAUCAAAUAUUUCAGUCGUAAAAUAUUAAUCAUAAUUUAUGUUAUGUAGCUAAUAAAAAUUACUUUAGAAUUA